UGGUGUGCCUCUUCAUUUUUCUAUUUCAUCGCAAACUCUUCUUCCACCAUGGCUUCCAAAAACCAGCUUCAUCAUCAAUUCCUUUAUUUGGCCUUACUAUUCUUCAUAUUGGGUGUAUGUGAAGCCACAUCCCGCACUGCUCUGGAAGAUGCAUCCAUGUACGAGAGGCAUCAACAAUGGAUGGUCCAAUUCGGACGAGUUUACAAGGACACCAACGAGAGGCAAAAGCGUUUCCAGAUUUUCAAACAAAAUGUGGCACGCAUCGACUCUUUCAAUGCUGCCAACAACAAGCCGUACAAGCUCGGUGUGAACCAAUUUGCAGAUCUAACCAACCAAGAGUUCACUGCUUCUCGAAAUGGGUUUAAGGGCCAUAUGUGUUCCAACACGGCUACCACUUUCAAAUACGAGAACGCCACCGCAUUGCCUUCUACCGUGGACUGGAGAAAGAAAGGAGCUGUUACACCUAUCAAGGACCAAGGCCAAUGCGGAUGCUGUUGGGCGUUCUCGGCCGUGGCAGCCAUGGAAGGGGUUACUAAAUUGACAACAGGAAAGUUAAUUUCGUUGUCCGAGCAGGAACUGGUGGACUGUGACACCAAGGGUGAGGAUCAAGGCUGCGAAGGUGGUCUAAUGGACGAUGCAUUCCAAUUCAUCGAGAAGAACAAAGGCCUAACAACCGAAUCCAUUUACCCCUACAAGGGAGUUGAUGGCACAUGCAAUACCAACGAAGAAGCCAAGCAUGCGGCUAAGAUAAAUGGGUUUGAAGAUGUGCCUGCCAAUAGUGAAGAUGCACUGCAGAAGGCCGUUGCCAACCAACCUGUUUCUGUUGCCAUCGAUGCCGGGGGCUUCGACUUCCAGUUCUACUCGGGUGGUGUGUUUACGGGAAGUUGUGGCACCGACCUGGACCACGGAGUGACGGCUGUUGGAUAUGGAGAGGAUGGUGGGACUAAAUAUUGGUUGGUGAAGAACUCUUGGGGCAGUAGCUGGGGUGAAGAAGGCUACAUUAGGAUGCAAAGAGAUGUGGAUGCAAAGGAAGGCCUUUGUGGCAUUGCAAUGCAAGCAUCCUACCCUACUGCAUAAACAUAACGUAAACCAUAGUUGCCUUUUCUAUAUAUUCUCAUAUUAUGAAUUUUAUACAUCCUACUCUACGUGAAUACUAUGAACAAUGUAAACAAA